AUGGGUUGGUUCGAUGGUCGAUCGUCUGUGUCGUCGGCGGGCUAUGUGCGCCGUCGAUCGCCCGUACGCCCUAAGUCAGGUUUCUCAACCCAUCAUUCACGACACUCUGCUCCAUCCUUCUUUGGCGGCUUGGGUGGAGGGCGAACAGGAGGACGCUCAAGCCCAUCGGUCUUCUCAACGUUCUCGUCAUCGUCAUCUCGACGAGCUCGGCCUCGGGAGGGAUUUGUGCAGCGCAUGAUUCGCGAUAUCAAGCGCCUGUUCCGUGACAUUGUUCGCUAUGCCCGUCGCAACCCUAUGAAGGUCUUCAUGAUGGUCAUCAUCCCUCUCUUGACCAGCGGUGUUCUGCCAAAGCUGUUGGCCAUGAUUGGAAUCCGCUUGCCUCAUGGAGUUAUCAGCGCACUAGGCGGCAGUGCGGCGCAUUCUGCCCGCGGAGUCGAGCAGAGCGCUGGCCGGGGUAUUGGGGAGAACAUCAGUAGCCUCAUGAACAUUGCCAAAAUGUUUGCUUAG